AAGGUGCUCUUCUUCAGAUUCGUCUGCUCCUGUUAUUGCUAGAAAUAAUCGAAAAUGGCCGCAAUGGUGUCUCUCUGCAGAAAUUUUGGGAAAGUUGGACUGUCGAAUCGGAUGACAAUUGGAAAUCCCUGUUUGGCUGCGCUUUCAAACAGGAACAAAAUGUUUUUUGAAAACAGAAUUGUGCCUUCAUCCCAAAAUUCUGUGAAAAAAAUUACUAUGAGCCAUCAAUCCCUUGCAGAAACAUCGUCUUGCAAGCCAGCAGAUGAUCACACAAGACUUUGGACAAUAGAAAGAAGUUUAGCACUUUCUCUAGUUCCUUUGGUUCCUGCAGCAUUCAUGUUUCCAUCUGCUGCCAUGGACUACUUGCUUGCUAUUUCUUUCACACUACAUGCUCAUUGGGGUUUGGAGACCAUUGUGGUUGACUAUGUGAGGCCAAAAGUGGUUGGUCCUGCAUUGGCAAAAUUAGGUGUUGCCCUUGUCUAUGGACUUUCUGCAUUUACUCUUGGUGGGCUAUUCUAUUUUAUCUAUUCAGAUGUGGGGAUUGUGAAUGCUAUUAAAAUGUUUUGGAAGCUGUAAUAGAACAUCAUUUUCAUGGAAAAUCCAUGGAAGUUGUUUCAAUGGGACUUGCAUA